AUUGUCGAUGUGACGCACCAAUCACCUUGCGACAGCCUGACCUUCAAGUGCCCGCAACCUCCGCCAGUGAACGAUACCCUAGGAGCGUUGCCCCCCUGAAGCGUUCAGAGUCCGAGUUGGAUGAGGACGUAAUUAUAUUCUGUAACAAAACAGCAAGCCAAUUUGAUUUCCCGGUAAAAAAAUUUGUUCUAUAUUAACAUGUGACGUGAAGGAUCUGUUUGGUUCUUUUACUUGUGCAACUGAAUCGUAUUUACUGGAACAAUGUGGACCAUUAAAUAUAUACACAUAUCGAAUGACUUGUUAAAAUUUAUUUUCAAAUUACUGUAUUAAGAAGAUGAUUUAUAUCUCCAUUAAAAGUAGGCUUUUUACCAUGUGAAAUAUGAUUUUGAAUAUACUUCCAAUGGUGCUCCAGUUUCCUACUUUGUAUAUACAUGGAUCUGUGGUUACUCGGAAUUAGUGCUACUGUUGGUACUGUUUUCAUUUUAACGAUGCGGUGGUUAACUCGAAGGAAAACGGUACUUUGCAAUUGUUUGUCCCCUGUUGGCCAACAUGCAGUCAUCACUGGUGCUAGUUCCGGUAUUGGUCGCGCAACUGCAUUUGAAUUGGCCAAAAGGGAUUGGAGACUUACGUUAGGUUGCAGAAAUAUGAACGCUGCCAUUAAGGUUAAAGAAGAAAUUACAUCUCUUACUGGUAAUCAUAACAUUUCUGUUAGACUUUUGGACUUGGAGAAUCCACAAACGAUUAAGGAGUUUGUACAAUUUUUACCUUUACCUGUCCAUGUUUUGAUCAAUAACGCCGGUGCGUUUCCUAAGAUUCUUCGUCCUGCUAUAUAUUACCAAGAUAUCAAUGUUACUUUGGCUACUAAUUAUGUUGGACAUUUUUUCCUGACUUCACUGCUUUUACCUUACCUUCGAAAAUCAUAUCAUGAAACAUCUAUUUAUCCUCGUGUGAUUGUUGUAAGCUCCUCUUUAUCCAAAAAGGGAACGUUCUCGACAGAAAAUUUGUUUCAACCGUACAAUACUACAUCAGAUUUAAAUUCCAAUAAAGCUUAUUCUGAUUCUAAACUGGCUUGCAAUUUAUUUUCACGCGAACUUCAUCAGAGGUAUGGUUCAGGUGAUAAUAAAAUACUUGAUGUUUAUUGUUUAUUUACCGGAGGGAUGGUAAAUACUAACUUAUUUCGAAAUACUUUGAUAAAAUAUUCACCACUCACUCAGCGUUUCAUCCGUGGUUUAAUGCAACUACUCUUGAAAUCUCCUUCAGAGGGUUGCCAAACGAUUGUUCAUUGUGCAGUUAGUGAUCAACUUCUUAUACAUCAUAAUAAUUAUGCUCAAUCUAUUUUAACUGAGACAUCUGGUAGCGGUAUGCUGUAUAACAAUUGUACACCUAUUGAUUGGCCUGCUAAUUCACUCGAUCUUCAUCUAGCUAGUCAACUUUGGGAUUAUACAACAGAUUUCUUAAAACUAUCAGUCAAUAAUAAUGCAUAAGUCAUUCACUUUUAUGUACAAUUACGUAUUUAUCUGUAUUAUAUACAAUGAACUGUGUAUUUUCAUAAAAUUCCAUUUAGCUAAUUAUCACUUAGCAUUUACGAUGAACAGAAGCAAACUACAAAAUGACAGCCGAACAAUUAUUAUUAUAAAUGUAACAAGUUUUUAGAAUUUUUUUCAAAAAUAUAGUACAACUUUUCCUAACAGACAUUAAGUUCCUUUGCAUUUGUUCAUCGGUUUGUAGUGAUUCGUUUUAAUGGUGUGUGGUAAAAUAUAUCUUAUUGAUAA